UCGAAAAACCUAGCGCAGCAAUGGCCAUGGACGAAUCCACGAACAAAGGUGGUCUGGAAUCGAAGGGUAGUGAUGCAGAGAUUCCAAAACGCAGGAGCAUUCAUGAGAUAAGGCUCGGGGGAUAUUGUUCCAAGAUGAAAUUUCCCAAAUUGGGCGACGAUAGUUACGCAGGGAGCAGCAUUAUUAGGAGGAUGGUGGUCAAGGGAUACGACACGUCCCCUCCUACUCCUAGGGAGGAUGUGGAAGAGGCUCUGAGAAAACACUUCGCAUCACGUGGAAUAACGUUAAUACAUGCUGAUGUUCCCGUAGACUUCGACACUCGCGCCCUCUGCAGUUACGGCUUUAUCUAUGUUUAUGAAGAAUAUGAAGCAGAAGCGUUGAAGCUUGAGGGAAGUGACAUGGGAGAAGGGCGUAUUUUAGAAGUUACGUCUUACCCUUUUGAAGACCAUCACCUUGACCAUGUCUUUCCUCCUACCAAUCCCUCUGACGAUAUGCUACAGCGCACGUUGAAAAUUACAGGAUUUGAUCCUUCCCUUGAUGACGAUGAUGUCGAUAAGAUGCUACUUGAGUUCUUACCUGACUCCGGUGUUAUGACUUCCUCUAACGGCUCAGCUCUCGUUGUUAUCUUUGGACUAGAUAAUAUGGUCAAGGCUCUGAAAUUUAGCGGAACUUCUGUACGAGGCUCUAAAAUUUCAGUCAAAACGGUCCUCCCAAUAAAAUUGGUGAGGUGUGGCUUAUCUAGCGCUGCUAGGUUCGCUUUGGGUAAGAAAGAAGCUUAAACCUGUUCUAUGUGAGGAGAAUUCAGAAGAUGAUCAAGACUACGGAUUAGAAAUGCUCCCUCUCUCUAAAAAAUAAAAUGCUCUCUCUCUCUCCCGUGUUAUUAACUACUACUUGUCAUUUUAUGUUUUGUCUGGAUUUUACAUGUUAUGUUUAUUUUCUUGUGUGCUU